UUUGUUUUGAAUUUUUUUCCCUUCGUCGUGGGGCGUGGCCUGUCUGCGGAGGGGGCAGGGCUGCACUGCGCAUGUCCCGCUGUACGUGGGGGGCGUGGUCUCGGCCGGAUUCCGGAACCGGAGCGGAGGACACUGCGGUCCUGUGUUCCUGCAGCGCCCGGACGUCUGCGACCCCGCGGUAACCCCCGCGACCUCCCUCCAUGGCGCUGACGCCGCUCGCUCCGCGCCUGCGCGGUUUCCGCGUUGUCCUGGCGAGCACGUCCCCGCGGCGGAAGGAGAUCCUGGCGCUCGCGGGCGUGGAGUUUGAAGUCAUUCCUUCCGCAUUCGAAGAGGCGUUGCCCGCAGGAGCCACGCCCCGUGCCGAGGACCACGCCCGCGACAUGGCGACUGGGAAAGCCCUGGAGGUCGCGACCCGAGCAGAUGAGGCUGACGCGAGGAGCCCACGCCUCAUCAUCGGUGCUGACACCGUGGUGGAAGUGGACGGCCUCAUCCUGGGGAAGCCAUCAGACCGUGAGGAUGCGGAGCGGAUGCUGCGUAGGCUGAGCGGGAGGCGGCACCGCGUGGUCACAGGCAUCGCUGUCGUCAUCGCAGGCGGGGUUGGCAGCGACCCGGAAGUGCUCUGCUCGUUCCAUGAGGAGACUCGCGUGACGUUCUCGGAGCUGUCAGACGCAAUGGUGCGCGCUUACGUGGACACCGGGGAGCCGGCGGACAAGGCGGGCGCGUACGGCAUCCAGGCCCGCGGCGCCAUGUUGGUGGAGCGCGUGGACGGCGACGCCCUCAACGCCGCGGGCUUCCCGCUCAACCGCUUCUGCCGCGAGGUGGCGCGGGCGCUGCCGGACAGGAAGUGACGUCAUCACUGCACAGGACCCGGAUCCCGGGCCUGGCCACUCCGCCAUCUGAGCCCUCUGACCUAUGACCCCACAGCUGGGGAUUUUGGGGAAUGGAGUCGAGGGGGCGUGGCCGCAGGGAAAUAAAGACAGGAGAGAACAGA